UUUUACCACGUAUGUGUGUCUUUUUUCACCGCCUCGCUAUUCACGUCUGCCUGCACCGCACAAAAUACGAGUCAGCUGCUCGCUGCGCGUAAUAUCACAAAAAUAAUAACAACACGUAGCGCUUAAUCAUCCAUCGAAAUUCACGUUUUAUUUACACAUCAGCAGAGGAAUUCAAUUCGGCACAGAAGGAGUUAAAUUACAGUUUCAGUAAGGAUAUUUCUCACUAUGUAGAAAUGCGUUGAACAUAUAAAUUGUAGAAAGUUUAUACAAAUUUUCUAUUCGAAACUCAAAUAUCACUUCACUUGGGGACUUAAUUAUCAAUUAAUUGUAAUGUUUCUUUGCAAAGAAGUAACCAGAAAAAUUGUUCUAUUCAAAGAACACGUGGCGAAUAUCCCGCCCAGAAAAGCGCGCUCUAUCAAAGACACCCACCAUUUACGAAAUCAUUCUUCGGCUUGCGCUCGAUUGUCGCUCAGUUGCCGAACGCCGGAGGAAUGCGCGGGAAACCUCAGUUUACGUCAUUGGCAAUCACACAGGUUACAUUCCCUCCGCAAUUUUCCAGUGUUUUCUCCAAGAUUUCCCCCAUUUUCAGGAUUAAAAUCUUGUGAAGAACAAAGUUAAGUGACUAAAGUUACCCAAAAUGAAUCCGACUGAUGCAAAUGUUGGACAUUUAAGAGUGAAAGAUGAAGUUGCAGUUCGCUGUCGCUCACUAUUCUUGGAUUUCCUCGAGGAGUUCAAGGAAGAUGGUGAACUCAAAUACGUGAAAUUGGCCGAAGAACUUCUCUCUCCGGACAAGUCAAUGCUUGAGGUUAGUUUCGAUGAUCUCGAGAAAUUCAACCAGAACCUCGCCCAAACAGUCAUUGAGGAGUACUACAGGAUUUACCCCAGCCUCUGUGAAGCUGUCACAGGCUUUGCUCGGGAUCACUUCGAGUUGAAGAAGGACAAGGAUUGCUACAUUUCCUUCGUGGAAGUCCCAACACGCCACAAGGUCCGAGAAUUAACCACUUCCAAGAUCGGCACUCUCAUUCGCAUAUCAGGACAAGUGGUGCGAACCCAUCCGGUGCAUCCUGAACUCGUGGCGGGGACUUUCGUGUGUCUUGAAUGCCAGACAGAGGUGCCAAAUGUUGAGCAACAAUUCAAAUUCACAAAUCCCACCAUUUGUCGCAAUCCGGUAUGCUCCAAUCGUCGGAAGUUUCUUUUGGACGUCGAGAAAUCCACCUUCAUUGACUUCCAAAAAGUGAGGAUUCAGGAGACACAGGCUGAAUUGCCUCGUGGCUGCAUUCCGCGGUCUGUAGAAGUGAUCCUGAGAGCGGAUAUCGUGGAAACCGUUCAGGCAGGAGAUCGCUAUGAUUUCACGGGCACUCUGAUCGUUGUGCCAGACGUGGGAGUGUUACAGUUUCCAGGAGCCAAGGCAGAAUUGGGCUCGCGCCAUCGCCAAGGCGGUGAAAAUCGCCCCGAAGGACUGAAGGGCUUGAAAGCACUCGGUGUCAGGGAUUUGACCUACAGAAUGGCUUUCCUCGCCUGCAGUGUUCAGGCGACUAGCGUGCGAUUUGGCGGAACUGAUCUGCCCAUGAGUGAGGUAACGGCGGAAGAUAUGAAGCGCCAAAUGACAGAUGCAGAGUGGAACAAAGUAUACGAGAUGUCUAGGGAUCGCAAUCUCUAUGCCAAUCUCACUUCCAGUCUCUUCCCGUCGGUUUAUGGAAACGAGGAAGUGAAGAAGGGCAUUUUGCUGAUGCUUUUCGGUGGUAUCGCUAAGACUACUCAUGAGAAAACGAGUCUUCGAGGCGAUGUCAAUGUUUGCAUUGUGGGCGAUCCCAGCACAGCAAAGUCUCAGUUCCUCAAGCAAGUUGCUGACUUCUCUCCGAGGGCAGUCUACACGUCCGGAAAAGCCUCCUCGGCCGCCGGUCUCACCGCUGCUGUGGUCAAGGACGAGGAGAGCUUUGAUUUCGUGAUCGAGGCCGGUGCCUUGAUGCUGGCGGACAACGGAAUUUGCUGCAUUGACGAGUUCGAUAAGAUGGAUCCUCGAGAUCAGGUGGCCAUCCACGAGGCGAUGGAGCAACAGACAAUCUCCCUGGCAAAGGCAGGCGUCCGCGCCACUCUGAAUGCUCGCACAUCAAUCCUUGCGGCCGCAAAUCCCAUCAACGGACGCUACGAUCGCUCCAAAUCCCUGCAGCAGAACAUCCAGCUCAGCGCUCCCAUUAUGUCUCGCUUCGAUCUCUUCUUCAUCCUCGUUGACGAGUGUAACGAAGUGGUGGACUACGCGAUAGCCCGGAAGAUUGUGGACCUCCAUUCAAACGUUGAUAGCCCAGUGGAACAAAUCUACACGCGGGAUGAGAUGCUGCGCUACAUCACGUUCGCCAGGCAAUUCAAGCCAAUUAUUGGCGAGGAGGCAGCUAAGCUUUUGGUGGACAACUACAGCCAUCUGCGACAGAGAGACACCGGCACAGUGGGCAAGAGCACCUGGAGAAUCACAGUGAGGCAACUAGAGAGCAUGAUUCGACUCAGCGAAGCAAUGGCGAAGAUGGAAUGCGCCAAUGAGGUGGACGUGAAGCACGUUAGGGAGGCCUAUAGACUCCUCAACAAGUCCAUUAUUCGAGUGGAACAGCCCGAAAUCCACCUGGACGACGAAGACGAUGAAGCAUUGAUGGAAGUUGAUGUUGACGGCCCAAUCAAUAAUGGUCAGGAAAGCGAUAGGGUGGGACAGGAAGGCGAGCAAGCAGCUCAAGAAGAACCGGAAACUCCCGCAGUGCAGAAGAAGAAGUUAACUCUCUCCUUCGAGGACUACAAGACUCUCUCGAAUAUGUUGAUUCUUCACAUGAGGAACGAAGAGACGCGCCUGGAAACUGAAGGAAGUGAUUCCGAAGGAAUUCGUCGUUCUGAUGUCGUCAAUUGGUAUCUUGAGCAAGUCAGUGAUCAAAUAGACACCGAAGAUGAGCUUAUCGAGAGGAAGUCCCUCGCCGAGAAAGUCCUGGACAGAUUGGUCUAUCAUGAUCAAGUAAUCAUACCACUUCGAUCUACUGGACUGCGCACCAAGGGAGAUUCUGGCCAGGAGGAGGACACUGAAGACCCACUGCUUGUUGUACAUCCCAACUACAUCAUCGAAUAAUCUCAGAAAUCACGUUUUUGUACUCAAUUAUCUCUUCAGAUUAAGUAUUUUAUGCCAUUA